AGAUGCUUCUGAGUUUUAUUACGGGCGGUUGUGCUGUUUAUUGUUAAAGGAAGGCACUGAGCAGAUACGAGAAUAUUUGCUGAAUAAUUUGCCAUUAGGGUUUGACAACAUAUUCGAUGUGUUGCACAGCAAACGUUAUAAAAUGCAGUUACGCCUGCUACGAGAAAAAGAGAUACCGACACAGAAUCGGUUUAACACUCUAUACCCUCCAUCUUGUACGGCAGAUCCCUUCGUCUUUGACCAGAAAUUACUGUUCAUCUUGAUCAAACAUCUCAUCCCACAGGUCGACAUAGACUGGCGCAAGUAUCCACAAGAGGACAAGCUAUAAAAGCCAGAGCAUUACGUCAUCAGAUUGAGACAUCUACAUCAUCGGCUUAAACCCAAAUCUAAAAAAGAUCUAAGCCAAAUUGAUUGAUUUUUAGUGAUCAAGAUCUGUAUUGUACAGCAUAUUUUCAGUGGAAAUAAAGAUGGAUAUAUAUAUAAAAAAAGACGA